ACUUUUUUGGGAGAUGAGGCGCCUGUGCAUAUGACCCAUAGGCAGGCGACAACGCGGCAGCAGAGCGCUGCACGACCUCCGCCUCCCCAAUCCGUCCCGUCUCCUCGCCCGCCGCCCUCGACUCCCGUCUCCUCGCCUGCCGCUGGCGCCGAUCUCCAUCCUGCUAGCAGAGGUGGCGCCGGCGUCCUCCUGCUCCCGCCGCAUUCGCAUCCUAAUCCAUCCCAUCCGGCCUCGGCCUCGAAUUUCGUCUCCUCGCCCGCCGCUUGCGCCGAUCCCCAUCCUGCGAGCAGAGGUGGCGCCCGGCGUCCUCCUUCUUCCACCGCAUCGUCGCUCGCCGCUCAUGGAUCCUGAGAUCUAGACGUCAACGUGCUUCCUGGAAAGAGAGAGGCUCAGGCAUGAGAGCAUACCUCUAAAAUAAUGUCCGUGCUUACCUGUGUGCUUGAUAACAUGGGCUCAUCCUGUAGCAGAUCUCAUUCUUUAAGUGAGGCUGAAACAACCAAAAAUGCAAAAUCUGCAGACAUUGACAGGCGAAUUUUGCAAGAGACAAAAGCAGAGCAACACAUCCACAAGCUCUUACUUCUUGGUGCGGGAGAAUCAGGGAAGUCUACGAUAUUUAAACAGAUUAAGCUCCUUUUCCAAACUGGCUUUGAUGAGGCAGAACUUAGGAGCUACACAUCAGUUAUCCAUGCAAACGUCUAUCAGACAAUUAAAGUAUGCAAUACUGGAAAGGAUACUAUAUGAAGGAGCAAAAGAACUCUCACAAGUGGAAUCAGAUUCCUCAAAGUAUGUUAUAUCCCCAGAUAACCAGGAAAUUGGAGAAAAACUAUCAGAUAUUGAUGGCAGGUUGGAUUAUCCACUGCUGAACAAAGAACUUGUACUCGAUGUAAAAAGGUUAUGGCAAGACCCAGCCAUUCAGGAAACUUACUUACGUGGAAGUAUUCUGCAACUUCCUGAUUGUGCACAAUACUUCAUGGAAAAUUUGGAUCGAUUAGCUGAAGCAGGUUAUGUGCCAACAAAGGAGGAUGUGCUUUAUGCAAGAGUACGGACAAAUGGUGUUGUACAAAUACAAUUUAGUCCUGUUGGAGAAAACAAAAGAGGUGGAGAGGUAUAUAGGUUGUAUGAUGUAGGAGGCCAGAGGAAUGAGAGGAGAAAGUGGAUUCAUCUUUUUGAAGGUGUUAAUGCGGUAAUCUUUUGUGCUGCCAUUAGCGAAUAUGAUCAGAUGCUAUUUGAAGAUGAGACAAAAAACAGAAUGAUGGAGACCAAGGAACUCUUUGACUGGGUUUUAAAGCAAAGAUGUUUUGAGAAAACAUCAUUCAUUCUGUUUCUCAACAAAUUUGAUAUAUUCGAGAAGAAAAUACAAAAGGUUCCUUUAAGUGUGUGCGAGUGGUUUAAAGACUACCAGCCUAUUGCACCUGGGAAACAGGAGGUUGAACAUGCAUAUGAGUUUGUCAAGAAGAAGUUUGAAGAGCUCUACUUCCAGAGCAGCAAGCCUGACCGUGUGGACCGCGUCUUCAAAAUCUACAGAACUACGGCCCUAGACCAGAAACUUGUAAAGAAGACAUUCAAGUUGAUUGAUGAGAGCAUGAGACGCUCCAGGGAAGGAACUUGAUUCAGAGCUAAGACUAGGUUGUAAGUCACACAGGGAAGGUAAUUAGGACGGCGAGAGGAACAAAGUUUCACACUGUCACAGCUUUAUCUGUUGUAAUUCUUUUACACGUGGACCAUUGAUUGAUCUUUUGGUUCUUACUGUGGGCUGUUCAGGUCUGUACCCUAUUUUUUGUUCUCUAGUUAGCCAUUGUGCAAAUUUUCCUUGAAUCAGAUUCUCUACCUGUUGUCUAUGUGUGUUAUCUUGGUCUGUUAAUUUGCAUAGCCCACUUGUUCAUUACAAAA